GGCAGAGAGGGUGGAGACAAAGUAACCAAAGGUCUGAGGAAGUUAAACCUCUAAUGGAAGCAAGGUGUUUGGAAAAGGCUGUCAUCUAACACUUUUAAAGAAUGGAUGUAACACGUCCAAAGCUCUUUGACUUCCAUGGUGUAUCCAUGACCCAUUUUUUCACAGACAACUGGGACAAAGUCCAAAACUUCAAAGCUAAACCGGAUGACAUUGUUGUUGCCACUUACCCCAAAGCAGGCACCACUUGGAUGUGCUACCUUCUUGAUCUACUGUAUUUUCAUCGGACGUGUCCUGAGCGUGAAAAAUCUGUCCCCAUAUAUGACAGAGUGCCAUUUUUAGAGCUUGUCUGCUCACCAUAUCCUACAGGAACAGACAAGGCAGAUUCACUGCCUACAUCUCCACGCAUCAUCAAAACUCAUCUGCCUGUUCAAUUCCUACCCAAGUCCUUCUGGGAGCAGAACUGCAGGAUUGUUUAUGUCGCUCGCAAUGCUAAGGACAAUGUUGUUUCCUAUUUCCACUUUGACCGCAUGGAGAAGAUACAACCUGAGCCAGGAGACUGGGACAGUUUCUUAGAAAGAUUCAAAGAUGGAAAAAUGGUGUUCGGCUCCUGGUACGACCAUGUGUGUGGAUGGUGGGAAAAGAAACAGACGUCCUCCAAAAUCCACUACAUGUUCUAUGAAGAUCUGGUGGAGGACACUGGACGUGAGCUGGAAAACCUUUGCUCCUUUCUUGGUUUAUCCCCAUUAGAAGAAGAGAAGAAGGAGAUUGUCAGAUGUGUUCAGUUUGAUGUCAUGAAGGCGAAUCCUAUGACGAACCAAAUGGACGAUCUAACACUAGACUUCAGUGUCUCUCAAUUCCUGCGUAAAGGUAAAGUCGGCGACUGGAAGAAUCACUUCACCGUGGCUCAGAAUGAGCAGUUUGAUGAAGACUAUAAACGGAAGAUGAAGAAUACAUCUUUACAGUUCCGUGAAGAGAUGUAGAGGGAAAAAUCUAGUUGAAGCAACAAUGAUUAGUUAAAAGCCAACAGUAAUAAAUCCACAAAGAGAUUAAAUCGUGUUUCUCCAUGUAUCCAUCACAUUAAUCAGGUCCAUGUUAAUGUAGGCUGGCUGCACUUGUGUACCGUACUGAAAGAAAGACUUUACAGCUAUUUUCUAAAAAUGUCAGGAAUGUCCAUAGGAGUCAUCUGUUUAGCUCACACUCUCAACAGAGUGGCUACAUGCAAUGAAGGAAUAAACUGAAUAAUGAAUAAUAGCUAAUGAACAUGUCUUUCAUGACAGUAAGAAAUUCAUCUGACAUGUUAAUAGGGAAAAAUAAUCAACCGUGGAAUGUUAAAUUUGCUGCAAAUACUGUCAUCGGUGAAUUCAGUGCAACAAUAUGCACACAUACGAUGAGUGAAAUACUGCAAGUGAUCAUUAACUCUCACAGGAAGUAUAACAUUCCUUACAUUAUCUCUCACAGGAAGUUAUCGCUUACAUGAAGUACAACUGUUCAUAGAUCCUUAGUUUGGUUGACGAAGCGACUGUCAACUUAUUUUUUAAUGCAGUUCAGAUUAUUUGCAGUUGGUUUGUUCUCAUUAAUGGACCCCGCAGCAGACAUCUCCAUUCCUGUUUAUUUUAUCCCACAUUUACCAUUUCCAAAUUUAUCCCACAAACAUUAACAUGCAAUGACAGGCAGCUCAAUGUUAACUGGUUUUCUCUCAUAAUUACUAAGCUCUGUUAAGGUAUUCCCAUUUUAUCCUUCUAAAUCUAGAGUUUAUUAAGAUUUUGAGUAGUUUAUAAUAACUGAGGGCAUGAAGCCUUUAUUGUCACCACACAUACAUUACAGCACAGUGGAAUUCUUUUCUUCACAUAUCCCAGCUGAGGAAGUUGGGGGGUCAGAGCGCAGGGGCAGCUAUGAUACAGCUCCCCUGGAGCAGAUUGGAUUAAGGGCCUUGCUCAUUUGCCCAACAGUGGCAGUGUGGUGGUGCUGGGGCUUGAACCCCAAUCCUCUGAUCAACAAGCCAGACCCUUAACCACUUGAGCCCCCACUGUUCAUGAGCAUAGCUUGAAUCUAAUCGAAGUAUAUGUUGUCAUUUCUAAUGCUAUAUCCUAAGACUGUGACAGUAUUUAUUAUGGAAUAUUGCAUGAAGAUUGAAAAAAAUAAUACAGAAUAUAAAAACGUUUAUAUAUUCUGAAGCGGCCUUGAAAAAGCUCUGUACUCAGUUUCAGUGGUCUCAUGCUUACAAUUAAACAGCAUGCUUUUCACUAACAAAUGACCCCAAUUAUUACCAACUUAGAUAAUAAAACAGAAUUCAAAUUGACCUUAAACUACACCCACACACUGUUCUGUUCCCACACAUGAUUAUGAAGACUUGACUACAAUUCCCAGCCGCCUGUGUGCCAUUUCACCCAGAUGAAUAACACUAUAUAAGUUUCUUUUUCAGUGUCUUACUGUGUUUGUUGCCAUGUUGGAUAUAUAAUCGUUCCUGUUUACAUCAGCCUUUAUGUUUUUGCUGGUUUUGACUCAUAAAUAAAAUGUUUAUAAAAGAU